GGGAGAGAGCUGAUAACAUUUAGUGAUUACACUUAAUAAACAACCUCAGACUACCAGCUGUAGAGACUCUGAAGUCUGUUAGAGGUAAUGUCAGAUUUUAUCCAUACAUACACACAAUGCCUUGUAAAUGUACUUUUCCCCCAUUUUGUAGUGUUACAACCUUGAACCUAUAAAUACAUUUCCUAACUCAGAACUGGUUGGUGGGUGCUGACAGACCAAUUUUUUACCAAUUCACUGCUUCAUGGAAAUGGUAGAGCUCAUGGAAUGUUCAUACACUUUCUACCAGUUUCAAAACCUGUUUCUACUAUAGGUUACAAAAUUCUGAGUUCACCACCAAGAGCUGUACUCCAACAUUUUACAAGCUGAAACUUAUUAUUAAUUAUACCACAAUACUAAAUUCUCCAAUCUGAUUGGUCAAAAGGUGUUGAUUCAUUUUCUCUAACAGCUGACAGUAGUGCUGCCUGUAAUACACAUCACAGGUUUAUAUUAAUGCAGGCACUUUAAUAUGCAUUUGUGUCUAUAGCUCAACUUACACUGGGACUUGUAUGACAGACACUGAACAAAAAUGUGCUGAUGUGGUGAAAUUUUCUGAGGAGACGUUCAUUUAGCAUAUUUUGUGUCUCUUGCACUUUAUGUCAGUCAGUCAGAUGGAAAACAGUAACUUUAAGUUUCCUAAAACAGGAAAAUCUUCAGGACAGGGGGAGUUGUUGUUUCUCUGUAAUAUAAUUAUCUUGUUCAUUUCAAGAGAAAGAAAAAAGAGAGACUGGUGUGGGAACAACUAUUUAUAAUGUUAUAGCUGUUAUAAUGCGAUAACAGGAACUAGCUUGUUAGUGUGGUUACAAAAGAAAUAAAUCCUUUGGGACAUUCUGUUACUGGAAAAUCAUCAACUGCAGUGAUAACAGUAAUGUCACACAUUAGAGAGGCCUAAUUAAAACUUGGAAAGUCCAAACAGGACAUAUUGGAAAAUCCAGAUAUUCAUAUGUUUCACUUUUGGUUUCUUAACUUAUUUCACAAAUGUGGGCGUUUUUUAUUACAAUUCUCCAUCCACAUCCACAUUAGAGGUAUGGCAUAUGACUUCUGGGUGUGUGCACAUACAUAGAGCCUUUGCAAAAUCAAGUUGCUGUACACAGCUAGAUGAUGGAGAGUGAACAAGGAAGCUAUGAAGGCAUUGCUUAUACUGGGGAAAAGAGUAAACCAAUGGAAGGGGUUUUCCAUAGCCAUUUAGAGGAGAGGGUCCGUCCUUAUGUUGAUCUGAUUGACUAUUUGAGACUGAUUGGAAUUGAAGAAGAUUUGGCUUUGCCAACUAUAGCUGUAAUUGGAGAUCAGAGUUCUGGAAAAAGCUCUGUGUUGGAAGCACUAUCUGGAGUGCCAUUGCCCAGAGGAAGUGGUAUUGUGACAAGAUGUCCACUGGAGUUAAAGCUGAGGAAGAUUAAAUGUGGUGUUCACUGGCAAGCCGUAAUAUCUUACAACGAACAAUUCAUUGAGUUUGAUGACCCAUCACUGGUUGAGGGCUACGUUGAAGCAGCCCAGAAUGAGCUGGCUGGAGAAGGUGUUGGGAUUUGUGAUGAACUCAUCACUCUGGAGAUCAUGGCUCCUGAUGUGUGUGACCUCACACUGAUCGAUCUCCCUGGGAUUACCCGAGUUCCUGUAAAAGGUCAACCGGAGGACAUAGGACAUCAGAUCAAAAAUCUCAUACGGAAAUAUAUAGAGAAGGACCAAACUAUAAAUUUGGUAGUGGUCCCAUGUAAUGUUGACAUAGCAACCACAGAAGCUCUGAAAAUGGCACAGGAAGUGGAUCCUGAAGGAAAAAGGACAUUGGCUAUUCUCACAAAGCCAGACCUUGUAGACAGAGGAACAGAGAAAAACAUCUUGGAUAUAGUCCGAAAUCAGGUCAUUCCCUUAAGCAAAGGAUAUGUCAUCGUUAAGUGCCGUGGCCAACAGCAAAUUGAUGAUAAAAUCUCUCUGUCUGAGGCCACUCGAGUAGAGAAGGAAUUCUUCAGACAUCAUGAAUUCUUCAAUUGCCUGUUGUACGAGGAGAAAGCAACUAUUCAGUGUCUUGCCAGCAAACUGACUCAAGACCUGGUUGAUCACAUCAAAAAAUCGUUACCUCUGAUCUCAGAGGAGAUCAAGAAGCAGCUGUGGAGCUUGAGAAAAGAGCUAAGUCAGUGUGAAGCUGGUCCACCGCUGGACCCACAGAAGAGGAAGAUCUUUUUUAUUGAUACCUUGACAAAAUUUAAUGAUAAGAUCAACCGCUUGGCAUCUGGGGAAGUGGUCAGCAAUGACAACUUGUUUGUAAUGCUUCGGUCUGAAUUCAAAAAGUGGAAAGAUCAUCUUGACAACACAAAGGCAUCAUUCCACAAAACAGUCCAGGAAGUGGUGAGUGAAUAUGACCUGAAGCACAGAGGACGUGAACUGCCUGGGUUCAGUAACUACAAGGUGUUUGAGAUGGUGGUGCAGAAGCUUGCGAUCCAGCUAACAGGACCAGCUAUUGAGACACUCAGGGUCAUCAGAGACACCAUUCAGAAAGAGUUUUCAGAUGUAUCCAAAACCUGCUUCCUCAACUACCCUUUCCUCCAGUGUGUUGCUACGAACAAGAUCGACAACAUUCAGUCAAAGCAGGAAGCCAAGGUGGAGCAAAGGCUCAUGGAGCAGUUUGAGAUGGAGCAACUGGUCUAUACUCAAGAUGGCAUCUACUUCAAGGCCUUGAAUGAGACUCACUCUGCUGAGGGACAAAAUGCUUCAGAAGACAACUUUGCUGGGUUUGACAACAGAAACAAAUAUCCUGUUAUGCUGCAGGCGUAUUACGAGAUCGUGGUGCAGCGCUUGGCUGACCAGGUGCCCAUGCUGAUCCGAUACUUCAUGCUGAAGGAAUCCGCUCAGCUGCUGUGCAGUGAGAUGCUGGGAUUAAUGGACGGUGCCAAUGUGGCCGAUGCCUUGCGUGAAGAGUCGGAUGUCAGCAGACGCCGCAUUGACAUGCAGAACCGCACGGACCGUCUUACCCUUGCUCAAGACAAACUCAGCAACUUUGUUUAAAGCAACGGGUUACUUUGUAAAACUAUAUAGCAGGGUUUUACAUCCUUUCUAGUUUAACACCUGAAUCAACCUAUCAGCUAAUUACAUUUGACCACUGACAUCACUGAUCUACACAAACAGCUUUUAUAUUUCACAGAAGAGGCCUUUUGGACAUUAAGGACAUGUUUGUCGGUUGUUGUUUAUUUAGAUAUGCUACAUUCUGAAGUUUUUCAGAUUGAAGAUAUAUCAGGAGUUCUUAGUUAAUUUUAGUUAAAACGUGUAAUUUUUGCUGAACGUUUAUUCUUUUAUACGUUUCAUCUGAAAUGUCUGAAAAUCCUUUUCUUGUCCCUAAGAGUAAAAAAAUUAGUAGUGUCUUACAAGCUUUUAAAUGCACACAUGAUUGAGUUUUAUAAGAUUUGAUAUAAGUGUAUAUAAUUUGUGGUUUUUAACAUUAACUUUACAAUAGACAUGCAUAUAUUUGUACUAAUAUUGUACUAAUAUUAUUCUUUUUUUUUUAAAUUAUACUAAUACUUGUGCUACACUUUUCUAAUUUUUUUUUUUUUUAAAGGAAACCAAGUAUCAUGGCUGUUCUGAUAAUUACCAGAAAGAACUUGACAAAAAUAGUAUAGUGUUGUAAUAGUAUAGUGUUUUCUGCCUUUUUUCUGGCCUCUUACCUUUAAUGAUGAUUUAUUUGUAAUAAAAGAUUAAGCUUAGAAGACCUAGCAAAUUGCAAU